CCUGCACAUCACAUCGUGACAUCUCAUACCCAGCCAUCUGCCUUGUUCGCCCGCCUCAGUACGCCAUCGCCUAUAUAAUCUAUACUACUGUCGGACAGCCAUCACACAGCAGCCAUGGGGUCGAGUAACAACACGACCCCAGUCGACCUGGGUAAACCCCAGUUCGCGUCCCACUCAUGGGUUGAGCCGAUCAUAGUUUUGAGCAUCAUGUUCAGCUCCUUAUAUUUCAACCGCCGUAGGAAUUACAGCGUCUUCGGGAAGAACAAUAACAACGGACUGUCAUCAUCACACCAGCUAUAUGUGAAGGACGAGGAGGCCGAUGCAUUCGACCCAUACUCGGAGAGAGAGAGCGAUGACCAGGUUCGGGGCCAGCCGAGUCCCAACCCGCAUCCGCCGAAACGUCGCAGCUGUCUGUGGUACACGGUCCAGACACCGAACUCGUCUCGCUUUGCUCGUCAUUUCCACAGUCGGAUCCUCCAGAAAUUCCCAUUUUUGGUUGAGAUGUUCUACUGGGUUAUGAACUAUCUAUUCUACUCGUGCACCAAGGCCGUCUCACAAUCCCUGUCUCCCGCCGGCCGCGAUGUUGUCCAGCUUGCCCAAGAUCAUGCCAUGGCAGUGCUGAACCUGGAACACAACUCGUUUUUCAGCAUCUUCUUUCCGAUCCAAGAAUCCAGCUUCCAGGCCUUUUUCAUCAACGGCCACCAAGGGUGGAUGACCUUCUUUAAUCGCAUUUACUCACUCGUCCACAUCCCGGGCACGGUCGCGUUCCUUUCUUGGUGGUACUACUCUGCCCCCGACUUCGAGACCUUCGCCCUCGUCCGCCGUACCAUGACCCUUGGAAACUUUAUGGCGUUCAUUAUCUUUUGCUUCUGGCCUCUUAUGCCCCCGCGGCUUUUGCCUGAGACCUUUGGUUUCCACGACACUGUCCGUCAGGAGCACGCCGAGAGUGUCUGGGUGGGAGGCAAAAUGGUGAACCAGCUGGCCGCCAUGCCCAGUUUGCAUUUCACCUACGCCUUUUGCGUGGGAUGCACUUUCUUCUACCACUCGGGCGUCCUGCACCGCCUCUUUGGGAAGCGGACGAGCCGCGUCACCCUGAAGGAUAUCUUUAUGUUUAUCCUCGGCUUCAUCUACCCCCUGCUGGUCUUGUGUGUGAUUGUCGCCACCGCAAAUCACUACUGGCUCGAUGCCACCGUCGCUACCUUCUCUGUCACCUUUUCCUUCUUUGCCAACCGGAUCUGGCUGAUCCUACUACCUUUGGAAGACAUGUUGCUGUGGGUGCUGCGGCUUGAAAAGCCCGUUCCCACCACGGGCAACCGCACGGGUCAGCAAGUUGAAGAUGAAAACAGUCCUGACCGAUUCGAAUACCGCCCGCUAUAGCCAGCUGAUCUCUUAGAUCUGGAUUGUCUGAUAGAUUGCUCUGUGGAUACUCGUGGAGGCUAGACAUCACGGUGUGAGCUUCCGCACCGAAUGAUGGAGCAGUGGUCGUUCGUUGCACUUGCUCGCAUACGAUGAAAUGCGCCGG